UGUGCAAACUACAUUUCCCAUGAGGCAUUGCGGGGCCAUCUGGCGCUGCUGCAAUAAAUGUGGUCAAUGAGCGUCUCUGGUCCUGGACAUGUUUUUUUGUGGCAGUUAGGAUUCGAAACAUCGGUUUUUUUCUGAGCCUUGUCAGGUGGUGUUUAUGGCUCUGCAGGUGUAACAUCAGAAGGUGGAGUCUGUGGUUCAGCAUCACAGCAGGCUAAAGGAGGGCAGAGCUUAGGAAGAGUAUAAUGUUGCGCAUUCUGUCAACAAGGACAUUGCACCAAGUGGUGCCGGUGCGCUCCUUUCUGUUGGGCGCGACUGUCCCUGAACCACCAGUAGCGUUUUCUCGUUAUACCGUCCACCUGUCACCACCUGCAGGCCAAUGCUGGUUCUCCACCACCUCUUAUAAAGAGGUGGCACAUCAGCCAAAACACCAACUGCCAGAGGAUGAGCCACAGAGCAGCGCUGCUCCGACCAACCGCGCGUUUGAGAAAGACAAAGCUGGGACUGAGCCUGCAGAUGUGGAUCCCCUGCAGGACAAGUCCAUUGGCCUGUUCCAAAGGUUUAAAAAGACUUUCAAACAGUAUGGGAAGGUGUUGAUCCCCGUUCAUCUGGUGACAUCCACAGUCUGGUUUGGAGGCUUCUACUAUGCUGCCAUGAAGGGCGUGAAUGUUGUGCCGUUCCUGGAGAUGAUCGGUUUUCCACAGUCGCUCGUUGACCUUCUGAGAGACUCUUCCAGUGGCUACGCUCUGACUGCCUACGCUAUGUACAAGAUUGCAACGCCAGCUCGGUAUACGGUGACUCUGGGUGGCACCUCACUGUCUGUUCAGUACCUCCGCAAACGUGGUUACUUAUCAACGCCGCCGCCGGUAACGGAGUACAUCCAGGACAAGAUGGAGGAGACAAAAGAAAAACUUACAGAAAAAAUGGAGACGACAAAGGAGAGAUUGUCUGAGAAAAUGGAGGAAACCAAAGAACGCAUCUCUGAGAAGAUGGAAGAGACAAAAGACAAACUGUCUGAGAAACUGCAGGAAACCAAAGACCGAGUCUCUGAGGGCAAAGCCUUCUUCAGAAAGAAAAGUGAUUCCUGAGUGUUGGUCUGAUCCAGUUUUAGAUUUUCAGUUUGGGAUUUUGGGAACCUGUGAUUGCACGUCCUGUCC